CAGCUUGAGAGGGGUAGACAACCCGUCAAUGGAUAAUCUUACUCGCGAGUGAGUUUAUUCUUGCGCUCACGAGUCUCCGGUUCAUCUUGAUGUUAUCGUACGUGCGAACAGCAAUCGAUACAUCUGAUUUUAGUUGAUGAACGUUCCUGAACACCAAUCGCAUCAAAGUCGUCAUUACCUGGUUUCAGUGACAUGUAUCUCCUAAACACAGAAACAUAUGAGCUGCGAUCCGGCCUGCAGCCAACAUUUAGACAAGAAGGCUACGCCAUCCUCUCACAUCGCUGGGUAGGCCAGGAGAUCACGUUUGACCAACUCAAAGACGAGACUCUGGGGCUUCGCUUCAGCACCGCACCAGCUCGCACGCCCCAGGUUGAUAAAAUUUGCGGCGCAGCACAAACUGCUCGCGAUCUAGGCAUCAAGUGGAUAUGGAUUGAUUCGUGCUGUGUCGAUCGCGCGAACGCGGUUGAGCAGACCGAGUCUAUUAAUUCUAUGUUCAAGUGGUACCGCGAUGCGAAAGUCUGUAUUGCCUACCUAAGCGACGUGCAGAAGCAGGAGCCGCACAAUGAUGUGCCGACUCCCGAACGAUUCGACAGCUUGGAGAGACAGGGGCCUUCCAUCUGGUUUUCGCGCGGAUGGACGCUUCAAGAACUUCUCGCGCCACGAAACAUGCGAUUCUACGACAAGGACUGGAAUUUCAUUGGCACUAAGAUAACACAAUCACACACUCUCGAGCGUAUUACUGGUAUUGACUCGCAUUACCUGACUGGGGAGAAACACUUCGCGACAGCUUGCAUUGCUACCAAGAUGAGCUGGAUGGCCGGACGGACGACGACGCGCAUUGAAGAUAUUGCGUACAGCAUGCUGGGUAUCUUUAACAUCACUAUGGCAACCCAAUACGGCGAGGGCAUACGCGCUUUCAUGCGUCUCCAAGAGACAUUGCUUUCUACGUCAAGAGACGAGUCUCUGUUUGCCUGGAGGAUGCCUGAGCGCGAUGCCGGCAUCAGGUCGAUACGUGACGCGAAUCAGGACAUUGCCUGGGACAGCGAUGAAUGGGGUCUCUUGGCCCUGUCUCCGGAUUGGUUCAAGGACUCUGCACAUGUGACAACGGAGCACCCCCCAGACGUUGAAAGGCCGCUUAAAAGCUUUGAGAUGACGCAGGGCGGUAUAAUUGCACCGAUUUCCAAAGUGUACUGGUCGAGAUUGUACCAAUGUCUCUUGAUUAUAGGAGUUACGGUCCCCGUCGGACUUGUCAUGUUGCCCUUCAUCGGCAAGUCGCAAGUGAAGAGAAGCAAACUGGACUUUGAAUGCCCACUGAGGUGUCGGCUCCGAAAUAUAACCGGAACGCAAGCGCUUGUGCGUAUCUAUCUGCGUCCACUGUCGAGUGGAUACAAAAGAAUCCGUGCUUGUGAAUUUGGUCGAGGCGAUAUACCGAAAAACGUAAGAUCAUCGAAGUGGACGGAAAGGGCUAUCGUAUUCCAGCCAGCUAUCGGCUACCUCGACUGAGUUUGUGCAGUUCAGAAUGAAUUCGGGGAUCGGCGGCCUAAGUGGUUAAAUCGAUUACUAACAAAAAUGUCUCUCGUCGGCUUGUGCCAUGUGCCCGGUAUAUGAAGCUCAUCUACAUUUCAUCAAUGACUCUUCCAAUCACAAAGACACAAAACACCUCACCGCCUCGCAUGCCAAUGUAAUCUCGCCGUUUAGGCUUGUGCCUCCUACUUCCGCUUCUUUUCCAUGUCGUCCACCGCCCAGAUCAGCUGCAGUAUGAUGGUCGACUGGAUGGCAGAUCCCACAAACAGCACCAAU